AUGGUGUCGGUGGCUGCUAUCUCACCAUGCCUUGCACCGCGCACACCUGCCCAGAAAGAUGGCCUGCUCCCUGCCAUGAACACGACACCUGCUCUAGUUAGUCAACAAGAGCGUGGCCAUCUUGCACUGGCGCUGCGCAGCCGCGAUAAGGCUCCCGUGCAGGCAGCUCCAGGUAACUCUGGAAGGGCUGCAAGUAGUGGUCGUACAGGUGUAAUGUGGAACGCUGCGAAGCAUAGAGCCAUCAAUGAUGUGGAGGAGGUGGAGGCGGCCACGCAGGCCACAGAGGACCAGCCCAUGGCUGAAGAACCUGAGGACCCACCGAAGGACUAUACAGAUGACGAGGCGUCUGUGGACGAUGACGAAGUAUAUGAACCAGGGAAUGAUGACAUGGAGGAGGAGGAUGAUUGGGAGGAGGUCAACCAUGACGACAAAGCUGCAUAA